UAGCGGCGAAGAAAGUAGAGUUUGUGAUCAGACCGAGUCUAAUCGCUGACCUGAAGAAGAGAAGUGAGAGAAAACAAGCCUCCACACUACACAGAACAAAAUAGCAAGCAAAAAAGCAGUCAUGGGUGGUGAUCGUGUCGACUCGGUCAUUUUCUCUGCUGAUGAAGAAUCAUCAUCAAUAGAGCAAGACUUCUCGGAUCAAUCACUUGGUUUGCCCUCUUUUCUCAGAGAUGAUUUAAGCACGAAGGUAGAUGAUAUGGUGACUGGAGAGAAUGGGUUGGUGGGUGGCCGAAUUUCUGCGUGUGACUUGGAAAUCCAGGCGAACCGGAAGCGGAUGGACAAUGUUUAUGGGGAAGUCUUGAGAAGUUACGACGAAUUACGAACUCGAAGUGACACUUUGGAGGAGGCCAAAAGUAAAAUCUUGAGCUAUACCCCUGGAGGAUGGAUCGAGGAGGUGGGUGGGAUGAGCUUGAGCGACUAUGAUGUCCCAAAGACAACAUCGCUCUUAUUGGUUGGUCCAAAAGGAUCUGGGAAAAGUAGUCUUGUGAACAAAAUUUCAAGUGUGUUUGAAGAUGACAAGUUUGCAUCAGAAAGGGCACAAAUAUCAUAUAAUUCAUCUGUUGGAGAUGGGACCUACUUCCUCCAGGAGUAUAUGAUCCCAAGACGUUCAACUUCAUUUUGUUUACAUGACACACGUGGUCUCCUUGGCGAUUCAUCUGAAAAUGUUAAAAUGCUUAAACGUUGGAUGACAAAGGGUGUUCGUCAUGGAGAACUGGUUCUCAGGGAAUGUGAUCAUUCAAGUUUCAAAACUAGAUUGAAGUAUAAAGCUCGCCAAAAUGGUUACAGAGUUAGUGAGAUCCGGAUGGUUAACUUUGUCAUAUUUGUUGUGAAUGGGCUUUCAAUAUUGAAAGCCAUUGAGAGUGAUGAUGAAACAGGCCCAAGGUAUACUCAAAUGAUUGCCACAAUGUUCAACAGCCCAUUCUUGUCUUUUAAAGAUGACAAGCCUGUGAUUGUAGUCACACAUGGAGAUUUACUUUCACUUUCUGAUCGUGCACGAGUUCGUGUUCAUUUAGCAGAGCAGCUCGGUAUUCCUCCAAAAACACAGAUAUUUGACAUCCCAGAAAGCUGUGAUCCAGCAACUGAGUUGGCGAUAGUUGACAUGUUACGUUACUGUCUUGAGCAUGCAGAUAGAAAUCUUCCUGUCAAAGGCAGGUUUAUGGGCAAGGUUGAUGCAGCAUCCCUACAUGCAUAUUUAUUUCGGUUCAUUAUCCUGGUGAUCGCCAUUAUCUCAGCCUAUAUUCAUCUUGUGCAUUUCCAACAUACUCGUAAGGAUCGGCUCCCUCAGUCAAACAGUCAUACUGAUUGGAAUGCAAUCCGACACAUGUGGUUGGGCUCGGAAUAUGAUUAGCUUGAUUGUCUGAUUCUCAAUACCACAUGCUUGUAUAACCUGUACCAUAUCGUAAAUAAAUAUUCAUGUUUCAUGUAUAUAUAACGUAAUGGGUACAUGAAUGUGCUCUGGAUAAUUUACAGAAACUAGUUUCCAAGAUAUUAUGAACUGGUGGACUGAUAGUUAUAAGAAGUGUGUGGUUUAUCUAAGCGGAAAAACACAGAAUGUUUGAAUCCUUUACUUUAACUGCUGUCCAUGAGUUUGUGUAUAGGUAAAUUUCUGCUGUUAUUGCAUAGGAGCUCCUCUCUCCAUGGCUUAUGGUUAAUCAUGUCAUACUGGUUUCUUGUGCUGCAGCCCUAGGUUUAUGUGGUGCAGUCAGAAUCUAAGAGGUAACAGUAGUCAGUAUUGUGUAGUGGCAAAGAGAGGCUUAUGCACUCGUUCCAUAUUAUGUUUCGAAAUCCUUUCCUCUUGGCCCAGAAAGAGAAGAAAGAAGGAAGAGUUAUUUCUUCCUGAAGUUUGUGCAAUGCUCGUUAUUAUAUAUGAUGUGUGUAUGGUUUUUAGAUAAAGGGCCAUAUAUGUGCCCUUUUCCCAUCACAAUCCCACAGCCAAACCCUAAUCAUGAGACCUGGGGAGUACUUAUCUCUUACCCCUAUUAUGCUGUCUUCUUGAUCAGAUAUUGUACAGAGUUUCUUUCCCAUCGAGACCUGAUCUUGAAACAGUUAGUUUGGGAAGAAUCCAUGUUAAGUGGAGCUGUCAACUUCAUGCUGAUUCGUUGCUUUAUUUUUGCUUAUGACCCAAC